GUUGACCGAACGGAGCGCUAGAGAGUCAGAGCAGCAGCGUGUGAGCUGAGACGAGAGAGCUUCAGCUCGAGCUAACCGCCCUGAACAUAUACCCGUUUGUUCUCAAACACCCCCCCCCGUACAUUCAGAGGCAGAAUUAUAUAUUAAAUAAAGACAACUGUUUAGCUGUGUUUUUAGUCUUUUGAAUUCUGUGCUCGACAUUGGAGUGUGAAUAAAGAAGCGAGGAUGUUGGUCCCCGCGGGAAGAUAAUGAAGAGGCUGUGCGGUUUGUUGCUGUGCCUCAGUGUAGCUCUCCUGUGCUGGUCCCCCAAUCAUAAUGUCCAGUGUUCAGUACAGCCUUCCACGGGCCCAGAACUUUCUGAACAGGACGAUGGCCCUCACACGACACAGGAGGAGAAAACUAUCGUCAAGGUUGAGGAGAAAUGGACCACACAGCUAUCAUAUGAAGUGGGGCUGGAGACAGAGAGGGCUGCAUUAGAGGAGCAGCUGAAGCAUGAUGCUCAAGAUGAAGACGAACCUAAAGAGACUGUGAAUAUAGUAGAGGAGGUUGUGGACCAUGUGCACUUUGUACCUGAGUCACAGGAUUCAGAGCCCCUUUACACACCUGAUCAGCAACAGGGUACCCAAGAACAACCCCACCAAUCAUCACCACCUCCUCACUCAAUCCAGAGCCAGCUUGAGGAUAAACCUCCCAAUGCUUCGCCCCCUCUGGAACAAACUGCUGCUACUGCUGAUGUUGAUUCUUUGUCUGCUGAACCACAUGCCGACAUCCAUAUAGACCCCAACGCUGAUGAGCCCAGGAACACAUCAGAAGCAGCCUUAUCUACCUCACACACCUCCACCGAAAGCCCCUCCAGUCCACUAGAGAUUGCCAGUGCUGGUGCUCCACUAAAGAACUCUAAUGCCAGUUAUUGUGAGUGGGGCUCCAUGGCCCUCUCCAGCCAGUUUCCUGCUUCUACAGUCAGCAGCGUGUUGGUUAAACCAGUGGAGAGUCAAGAAGCAGGGACCAAUGAAGACCCGGUUGCCUCUCUAGACUCGGCUGCCUCUCUAGACUCGGCUGCCUCUCUAGACUCGGCUGAGCAGGACCUUGCAGAGUUGGAGCAGCCAGCCAAUGUGUCACACUCCCCAGAGGACCAGCAGGUGGCUGACCCUGAAGGAGGGACUGAUCCCCCUGGUACAGGUAAAGAAGUCAUUCCCACCUUUGAUGAGUGGAAGAAGAAAGUCAUGGAGGUGGAAGAAAAGAAAAGCCAGUCUCUGCACACCUCAUCUAAUGGGGGUUCUCACCAAGUCAAGAAGAUCCAGAAGAACUUUAAGAAUAACUAUGCCUCUGUGGAGUGUGGGGCUAAAAUCCUUGCAGCCAAUAAUGAGGCCAAGAGCACGUCUGCUAUUCUAAUGGAAAAUAUGGAUUUAUACAUGCUGAACCCCUGCAGUAAUAAAAUCUGGUUUGUUAUUGAGCUCUGUGAGCCAAUCCAGGUAAAGCAGCUGGACAUUGCCAACUUUGAACUCUUCUCCUCCACUCCGAAAGAUUUCCUGGUGUCCAUCAGUGACAGAUAUCCAACCAACAAGUGGAUCAAGCUUGGCACCUUUCAUGGACGUGAUGAGCGCACAGUCCAGAGCUUUCCUUUAGACGAACAGCUGUAUGCUAAAUAUGUUAAGAUGUUCAUCAAGUACAUAAAGGUUGAGCUGCUUUCCCAUUUCGGUUCUGAACAUUUUUGUCCCCUCAGUCUGAUCAGGGUAUUUGGUACCAGUAUGGUGGAGGAAUAUGAUGAGAUUGCUGACUCACAGUAUACAUCUGAGAGGGCUGAGUACCUGGAUGAGGACUAUGACCUCAAUUUCCUAGAUUACCCUCUGGGCUACCUACCACCUGAUGACAAGCAGUCGAAAAACCUCUUGGGUUCUGCAACAAAUGCAAUUCUCAACAUGGUCAACAACAUUGCUGCAAACGUUUUAGGCGGUAAGCAAGAGCUUGAGGAUGGAGGUCAGUUGGAAGGAAAUAUGUCAUCAGAGAUGGAAAACAGCACAGAGGUCACAGAAACCCAACUUACACCCACACAAACCCUAACAGAGCAAGAAGAAACGCUGGACACUCAAGAGCUGGAUUCCACUCCGACUCAGCCUGAUGUCCAGGUGCCCGUUUCUGAGUCUCCCUCUGACCCUACACCUGAGGAGAGCCGCAUCGUCAUACUCAUCGAAGAUGAAGAGGAAGAGCCCACACCACCCAUGGUGACCCUGCUGGAGGAAGAACAGGACGAGGAGAGGAUGCGUGAGGAGUCUCACCUCAAUGAGAGUGCAUUUUACUGCUCCCACCUUUCCACUCUGUCCUGCCUGGCCAGCCUGUAUGAGCACCUCCACCUCUGCUGCACAGCUGCUUUGGCCAUGCAGCGUCUACGUGGAGAGCACCAUGUACAUGCCAACAUGCAAACACAUUCAGACACUCAACUCCCUGACCCCACUCCAAGCAAAAUCUCCUCUCCCCUCUCUGAGAACCCUUCAAAAAUAGAGCAGACGUUUCCAACUCAGAGUGAGACUGUUGAGCCCGCCCACACUGCCCCUGUUAUUUCGGAUCCGAUUCCUGAUCCACCACCUAUCCUAUUAGAACCAAGCCAAACCUCCUCCCUUAUUCACCACAGCUACUCUGAGACCCUUGUGUCUAAAGCCACGCCCACUGACGGCAUCCCUGAAAUGCAGCCCACUACUGAGGCUCAGGCCCAGGCCCCAAAUUCACAGCUCUUGGAGAGCAUUUCUGAAACACAAACCUUUUCAGCGAGCAGCACUUCCUUUACAUCUGCCACCAUUUCCAACGUCUUCACUUCCACACCCUCGAUUCUCACUGCUGAGACUGUGCCCCCAGUCCCCACCCAAGAACAGGUGCUGCAUCCAGUACCUACACACACACAGCCUGCCGAUAUCCCGCCUCCCACAGAACUGCCCGUGUCCACAGCCGAGUCCUCUGCAGACACUGAGGAUGGCCAGCCUAAUGCCUAUCAGCCUAGUCCCCAGGACGAGAUUGUGGAGGAGGUGCAAAGCACACUACAGCGUUCCGCCACAGAUUUUUACGCUGAGCUGCAGAACUCCACCGAGUUGAGCCAUGGCAAUGGGAAUGGCAACCAUGUGCAUGCCUCCAACCAGAAGGAGUCAGUGUUCAUGAGGCUUAACAAUAGGAUCAAAGCCCUUGAGAUGAACAUGUCACUCAGCAGUAGAUACCUGGAGGAGCUAAGCCAGAGAUACCGCAAGCAGAUGGAAGAGAUGCAGCGGGCUUUUAAUAAGACUAUAAUCAAACUGCAGAACACUUCCAGAAUCGCAGAGGAACAGGAUCAGAAACAAACUGAGUCCAUCUUGAUAUUGCAGAGCCAACUGGAGAGUGUCACCAAGCUUAUGCUCAAUCUGACAGAUACUGUGAGCCAAUUACAGAGAGAAGUGUCGGAUGGACAGAGUUAUCUUGUGUUGUCUUUGGUGUUGUGUUUGGCUUUGGGCUUGUUGCUGUGUAUGCAGUGCUGCUGCAGCUCCUCCAGUAACAACCGGAGCACAGUUAUUCCAGUGAGCAACCACUACCCUAGUCCCAAAAGGUGUUUCUCUUCAUAUGAUGAUAUGAGUUUGAAGCGGAAACCUCCCUGUCCUCUUGUACGGUCCAAGUCCUUUCAGUUGCCCCCUACAGAAGUAGGUCCUGAUGACUUGUACAUUGUAGAACCGCUAAAGUUUUCUCCAGAGAAAAAGAAAAAACGCUGCAAAAUGAAAUGUGCUGAGAAGGCCUCUGUGACGGCUGCUAACGGCAGUGGCGAAAGCGAGAGUGUGCAAGUGCCCCAAUUCCUACCAUCAACCUGCAACGCGGAUACGUCUGCCUACUCAUCUGAGGUGUCUCGCGUGUCUAAGUGCAACUCAGAAAGUUUAUCUUCCUCCUCCUCCUCCUCCUCCUCGGCCUCAUCCACAGUGUCAGACGAGUCCACCUCCAGUAUCCCAUCUGUUAACAGUGACUUAACUAACGGGCAGGUCCCAACAGCCAAGAGCAAGACAGAGAAGAGGUCCUUGAAGCGCCGCCGUUCUAAGAUAGGCGAUCAGCAGCAGGAGCAGCCACCACCACGAUCACAUGGCCGAUAUGGGACGGGGCUUCUGCACGCUCCCAUUCCUGUUGCAACGUGUGUAAUGCCUGCGCUUCAGGAGCUGAUAAAGGGGAAACAGGAACUAGGCGUUGGGACGUUUAGAGUAACUGCUGUGACUAGCCAUGUUUGAGUUGUCCCUUACAUCAUCCAGGAACUUUGCGUGGUUCUGUCUCUUACUAUUCAUUGAGCCAGACUUCCACAUUGCUGGAACACAGAUUGGAAUACAGACUCCAUGACAACAGUAACCCUAGUAACACCCCAUCCCACUUAAAUAUUUAUUCUGACAUCCUCUUCUCUUUUAUGUGCCUUUAUUUGUCCGUUUCAAACUCACAAAUGUCUACAGAUGACAAAUUGAGGUUAAGGAUCUCUUUUUUGGGAGGUUUUGUAUCUUUCUGAAUGGGAUUGUAUAUUUUCUUUUAAGAGGACCAGUAGGAUGACCAGGCCAGAGAAGCAGCAGGAGCAGACACCUUUUCUACACACUACUAUGGUCAACUGUCUUUUUCUUCCCUUAUUACUCUCUCUCUCUCUCUCUAGUUUCUCAGUUUAGUCAGUGUUUGCCCUAGUCUCAAGUGUUCAUACAUUUUUUUUUGAGAAACAGGCUUUUACUCACACUCCUUUUUACUUUCAAUGUGGCUGUAUUUGUAACUCCAGUUCUCUCUAUAUUCUUUGUGAUUGGUGGGACCAGAGUGUGUGUGUGUGUGUGUGUGUGUGUGUGUGUGUGUGUGUGUGUGUGUGUG